GUGAUGCAUGUCUCAAAAAAAUGGCGAUUGUUAAAUUUUUGUUCAGGUUUUGAAAGCACAAUCUCUAGGCACAUAUUUAUAACAUUAAAUAUUUGUUAUUGUGUAGCUGUGAAUAAAACCUAGAAUGGCCGAUGCUUUGGUAGAGCGGAGGCCGACCGUUCGGUUCUUCUGCCACAGGUGUAACAUUGAAUUUGAAGAUGUUUUGCAGGAUUAUACAUGCCCUUACUGUGCAAGUGGCUUCAUUGAGCAACUGGAAAAUGAGGCAGAAGGCCUGGGCCUCUCUGGAGAUGACCUUAGUGAUGCCGACAUGAGUAAUUUAGAUGAUAUGAGUAACUUGGAUGAUAUGAGCAACCUUGAUGAUUCAGAUGAUGUGCAUCAAAGUACACCACCAAUGUUGAAUGACUUGGCUUUUUUAAUGUCUGUGGGGAGGGUCAGAGGUGCGUCGGCGGGUCGACGGGAAACAUUCAUGGAGCAAUUAGUGGGGAUGAUAGGAGGCGGCCGGCCAGUUAUAGGCGCUGUGACAGCGGGCGCGCCUUUCGUACUUGUCGGUGCGCCAGGGGACUAUGUCUUCGGUGGUGAAGGUUUGGAUGCGGUGGUGACGCAGCUCCUGGGCCAGCUGGAGAACUCUGGUCCGCCGCCGUUGCCGCGCGAUCAGAUCGCCGCCCUCCCUAGCGAGACCAUCACCGACACCCACGACUCCGCACAGGCCGCCUGCUCUGUCUGCUGGGAGGACUUUCAGCUCGGCGAAACGGUGUCACGGCUGGAGUGCGAGCACGUGUUCCACGCGGCGUGUAUAGCUCCGUGGCUGCAGUUGCACGCUACCUGCCCCGUGUGCCGCCGCUCCCUACUGCCGGCCACCCCGCCCCCUCCGCUGCCCCCGCCCCCGCCCGCCACGCAGUCCACCACGCAGUCCGCUACGCAGCCCGCCGCCAACACAGCACAAGCACCAGCGACGGGAACGGGAACGGGAACGGGCGUGCAGUCGGGCUCUUCGGGCGAAUCGUCCGCAUCGUCAGCGACCACCGGUGAUUGGGCGUCCUCCUCCUCCACAUCGCUGAGCUCCGACCGCGACCGAUACAACAUGGACAUCGAUUACGACUAGGACUACGAUUCCGCUCCCUGCUACGUCGACUAUGACGUAGCGAGUACGGACGCCGCUAGAACUCUACGGUGCGGUGUCCGAUAAUGUUCAGUGAGAUAACUGUGCGCUCAACGAGCUCGACAGCUUAUAUGUUCUGUAUAGAAAAAAAAAUAUAUAUAUACUUAAAUUUAAAUUUGAGCUAACGCAGAAUUGUAUGUUUUGGAUCGUAUCGGAGCUCUGUUAUGUAUAGGAAAUUGCUGAAUAUUCUAGUGUUUUUAUGACAGAUAGUGUUAUCAGACGCCACUAAAAUGUUCAGCGACGACGAAGGCAGAUCGUUGAGUUGGAAGACUGUCUCGGAUAUGAGAAUCCGCUUGUAAAUAUACGGAGGCCCUGGUCGGCGUGUGAAGUUAAUAUAAUAUGUAUAAUAGUGCCUGGUAGACCGCAAACGUCGGACGACGAUUGCGCCUCACGUUUUCGUCUUGAUAUACGAUUAAAUUUCAUUUGUGUAAAUUUUGUAAAUAUCAAUGUUACUUUUAGGCAUCCGUUGCUGAUGUAACUAAUACCGAAUGGUGAAUAUGCGUUAACGUAACGUUUUAUUGGGAAAAUUGUAUUGUAAAAUUGAUGGCAUAAAAGUAAUUUCGUUUUGUUAGUUUUAAUACAAUAAAAAAAGCUUACUGACAUCGGAACUGAUCUUUGUUGCAAUGCAGCAUAAUAGAGACU